AUGCUGACUCCUAUCCAGCUGAUCAUUUUGCUUUUUUUGACAAACAUUAGCGCAACUGAUGCGGAGAAACUUUUCCACAAUCGGGAUCAUUCUGAUGUGCAGACGGUUAAUUCUCACCAAGCUGAAGCUAUAACAGACAAACACACGGCGGAGCUAUUUCUCUCUAGAUACGGAUUCAUCAAGCCAGUGAGCUGGGAGGAGAUCCAGUUCGAGGAUUCGGACGCCUCUUUCAGUGGUGACUUCCCGGACGACCUUCAAGCCACGAUCCAGGAGGGAACCUCAGUGCCACGUUCAAGGGAUUCUCCUGAUCGAGAUGGCUUCAACAGUCACCCUGAGAACCAGGCAUUUAUCUCAGCACUUAAAGACUUUCAGAGGGUCUCAGGUCUGCCGGUCACGGGAGUGUUCGACGAGGCCACCAAGGUCGCAAUGAACAAACCGAGGUGCGGCGUCCCCGACAAGGAGAUCGACCUGAACGCCCCUGAAAACAGCAGCGACUCAGAUAUUGAGAACAUUGACAGUUUUGAUGAGACUGACAGCAACAACGCAGCGAGUAACAUAAUCAGUGGCACCUCUUCUGGUGCCGCAAAUUCCUCUGAAGAUGGCACAUUAAACUUUAAUGACACAGAAAGUCUCACAGGCAUUUCCAAUGACACCAGCAUGAAUUAUACAAACGACUUUUCAAAUAUCACUUCACCAAACAGCUCGCGUGUCGCCAACACGAGCAGUCAGAUGGUAAACAUCAACACGCGGCGGAGUGAGGCGGCGCGGCGCAGGAAGCGUCACCUCGCCGUUCUUGUAUCCAAAAGCAGGCAGAAGAGAGAUUUGAGCGAAGCCGGCUACAUGGCCUUUUCUAAGAAGACGUUGAAGUGGAGGCUGAUCGGCGAAGGAUACAGCAGUCAGUUGACCGUAGAGGAGCAGAGGUACGUCUUCAGGCUGGCCUUCCGGAUGUGGAGCGAGGUGUCGCCGCUGGAGUUCGUGGAAGACACCAAGUCACCGUUGGAGGAUGUUGAUAUCAGGCUGGGCUUUGGCACAGGACGCCAUUUGGGCUGCAAUCAGAAGUUUGACGGCACUGGUCAGGAAUUCGCUCACGCCUGGUUCCUGGGUGAUAUACACUUUGAUGAUGACGAGCAUUUUACCGCCCCCAACGCCGGGAGUGGAAUCAGCCUCCUCAAAGUAGCCGUUCACGAGAUCGGCCACGUUCUGGGUCUGCCCCACAUCUACAGGCCUGGAUCCAUUAUGCAGCCCAGCUAUCUGCCCCAGGAGUCGGGCUUUGAGGUGGACUGGAUGGACAGGAAGGCCAUACAGCAUCUUUAUGGGGGCUGUAAGGGCCGGUUCAGCACGGUGUUUGAUUGGAUCAGAAAGGAGAAGACGCCCUACGGGGAGGUGGUGGUCCGCUUCAACACCUAUUUCAUGAGAGACGGCUGGUACUGGCUGUACGAGAACAGGAGCAACAGGACGCGUUACGGUGACCCGGUGGCGCUGCAGAUUGGCUGGCACGGCAUUCCCACGGAUGGAGUGGACGCGUACAUGCACGUGUGGUCCAGAAGAAGAGACGCCGUUUACUUCUUCAAAGGUACCCAGUUCUGGAGGUAUGAUAAUGAGAAUGACCGGGUGUUCAGACAGGAUCCAGAAGGUCAACGCUAUCCGAGGUUAAUCUCUGAAGGGUUCCCGGGGGUGUCCGGCCCCAUCGACACGGCCUUUUACGACAGGAGGGACUCCCGCAUCUACUUCUUCAAAAACACCCUUGUGUAUGCAUUCGAUGUGCAAGCCAACAGCUUGGCAAGAGGCUUCCCCAAAAACAUCAGAGACGUGUUCCCUCCGGUGGUGAGCAGAGACCAUCCAGAUGGCAACAUUGACGCUGCCUACUUCUCCUACACCCACAAUGCCAUCUUUCUACUCAAGGGCACGCGCUUCUGGCAAGUGGUGGGCAGCCGCGAUCGCUGGCGCCGGCCCUUUCUGCCACGAAAUGGCCUGCUGCCACACAAGGAGGUGGAUCAGCACUGGUAUGACAUCUGCAACGUUCAUCCCACUACACUCAAGCUAACCCGCUGA